AGUCGGGUCCCGCCAGGCCUCCAGAGCCCCGCGCGCCGCGCGCGGCCAGCGCGGGGAGGGCGUCUGUGGCGGGCGCGCGGUUGCUAAGCCCCGCGCCCCCGGAGACAUUCUGGGUGGCUGUUGCCGGGCGCGGCGCGACUCUGGGCGGGCUGGCGGGCGGGCAGAAGGAGGGAGAGAAGAGGGAGCAUCGGCGCGGGCUCCUAGCUGCUCUUCGCGCCCCGCCUCCCUGCGUCCGCCAGGCCGUCGAGCCGGGUCCCCGCGCUCUCACAGUCGCACCGGGCUCACCCCGAGCCCGCCUCGGCGCAAUGCCAGCUGCUGCGCCCACCCCUCGCCCGCCGCCGCCCCCAGCCCGGCCUGCUCCCGACUGCCCAAAGCAGCUUGUCCCCGGACAUCGAGCCCUGUGUGACCAUUCUCUAAAAUAUUUAAGCUCAAGAAUCACCAAGCGGAAGCUUCAGGGCACAUGGCUGCCUGCUGGCCCAGGGAAUCUGGAGAAACCGUUCCUGGGGCCACGCAGCUCCCUUGUGCCCAUGUUCAGCCCUCAGAACGGCCUUCCCUCUGUCCAGGCCGAGAGCAGCCCACUGAAGCCCAGAGUGGUGACCGUGGUGAAGCCGGGCAGCCACCCGCUCCGGAAGAUCACCCUGCUCCUCAACAAGCGGUCGGUGCAGACGUUCGAGCAGCUCAUAGCCGACAUCUCAGAAGCCUUGGGCUUUCCAAGGUGGAAGAAUGAUCAUGUCAGGAAACUGUUUAACCUCAAGGGCAGGGAAAUCAAGAGCGUCUCUGAUUUCUUUAGGGAAGGGGAUGCUUUCAUAGCCAUGGGAAAAGAACCACUGACGUUGAAGAAUAUCCAGGUUGCUGUAGAAGAACUGUACCCCAACAAAGCCCGGGGCCUGACGUUGACCCCGCACAGCCGGCUGCCUUCCCCAAGGCUGAGGAGCAGACUUUUUAGCAAGGCUCUGAAAGGGGGUGACCCCUGUGGGGAAGCCGAGGUUGCCAAGAGCUGCACUGGGACUGCAGGGUCCAAGGCAGCCAUCAGGCUUCAGGGGAAGACCCCUGUGGAGCCGACGCCAGAGGACAAGGCAAGGAGCCAGAAGAAGUGGGUGAGGGGGAACUGGGAGCCUGAACCCGGUGGCAAGCCGCCCAGGGAUGCCACUGUAGAAGAGAGGCCAGUAAGCGGGGAGAAGCACCUCGGGGUGGAGAUCGAAAAAACCUCGGGUGAGAUUAUCAGAUGUGAGAAGUGCAAGAGAGAGAGAGAGCUCCAGCAGAACCUACAGAGGGACAGGCUGUCCUUGGGGACCAGUGAGCUGGACAUGGGGAAGUGUCAAAGGUACGACGUGGAGAAGCUGGUGAGGACGAGAAGCUGCAGGAGGUCUCCUGAGGUGAACCCCCCUGGGGGGGAGGAGCUGUGGAAGGGCGACGGCCACAGGGCCAGUCUCAGGAAUCCCACCCAAGAGCUGAGGAGGCCCAGCAAGAACAAGGAGAAGAAAGAGGACGGAGACCCGGAAGUUCAGGAAGGCCAUCCUCAGGUUGCAGCCAAGGCUAAGAAGGAAGCCGCAGGAGUUCAGCCGGUCCCGGAGGAGGGGCUGCGGGCACUGAAGACAGACGCCAGGAACGCUGGCCGGAGUAAGCGCGGGGGCUGGCUCCUGAGAGAGCGCCAGGCCGACGCCGAGAAGCUCCCCGGGGCACGAGGGGAUGAGGAGGAGGCAGAGAAGGAGAAAAAGGCGUGUGGGCCAGGACGGAGAAAGACGGUUCUCAGAGACGACGAAACGACCAGGGUAAAAAAGGAGCCCAGGCCGAGGCCGGAAGAAAACAAGCCAGAUCGGCCGCCGGGCCGGGGGCCGCGCCCCGUGGGCAUCAUCGCAGCCGACGUGCGGAAGCAUUACGAGGCGGGCCGGGUCAUCGGCGACGGGAAUUUUGCGGUGGUGAAGGAGUGCAGGCACCGCGAGACCAGGCAGGCCUACGCCAUGAAGAUCAUCGACAAGUCCAAACUCCAGGGGAAGGAGGACAUGGUCGACAGCGAGAUCUUGAUUAUCCGGGGCCUCUCUCAUCCCAACAUAGUGCAGUUGCACGAAGUGUAUGAAACCGAAACGGAAAUCUACCUAAUCCUGGAGUACGUGCAGGGAGGGGAUCUUUUCGACGCAAUCAUAGAAAGCGUGAAGUUCCCGGAGCGCGAUGCCGCCCUCAUGAUCCUGGACUUGUGUAAGGCGCUCGUGCACCUGCACGAUAAGAGCAUCGUCCACCGCGAUCUCAAGCCAGAAAACCUCUUGGUUCACCGAAAUGAGGACAAAUCUAUCACCUUGAAGCUAGCUGAUUUUGGCCUUGCAAAGCAUGUGAUGCGACCCAUAUUUACUGUGUGUGGGACUCCGACUUACGUUGCUCCCGAAAUUCUUUCUGAGAAAGGUUAUGGGCUAGAAGUGGACAUGUGGGCCGCGGGUGUGAUCCUCUAUAUCCUACUGUGUGGCUUCCCUCCCUUCCGCAGUCCAGAGAGGGACCAGGAUGAGCUCUUCAACAUCAUCCAGCUGGGCCACUUCGAGUUCCUUGCCCCCUACUGGGACAAUAUCUCUGAUGCUGCUAAAGAUCUGGUGAGCCGGUUACUGGUAGUAGACCCCAAAAAACGCUACACGGCCCACCAGGUCCUUCAGCACCCCUGGAUUGAAACUGCUGGGAAGACGAGCUCGGUGACCCUGCAGAAGGAGGUGUCUGCCGGCAACGAGGGCCACCUCUGAAGCCAGCAGAGGCGGCGAGCGGAGGAGACAUCGUAGUUACCACCUCAGGCAUCUGUUCGGCUGCUGCGUCUGCUCAGGGAUGGAGAAAAGGAAGGAAAGCUGAGAGAAAAACAAAGAAAGGGGCUUCAAGAGAUAAUUGGAGAAUUGGGACUAGGAGAGACGCUCAGUAUAUUUUAAUGCAUAUUUUAAAAAAGAAGCCAAGUCUUCACAUAUUUUUAGAUUUGUAUAUUUAAAGUCUUCAAUACAUUUUUUGGGGGGGAAACAGUUGUCACCAUUGAGAGAUUUUUUGGUAAUUACCAUGUGUUUUGUUUAUUCCUGUAAUCAAGUUCAUGAUACACUACAUGAGUGGUGCUUCCUAGGGUCUAAACUCCCCUUGUGAGAUUAAGAAGGUGAAUCAUGGUCUUUCUGGGUUAAUAAAAUGUGCUCUGAAUGAG